AUGAAUCUCUCACACCUCCUCCCACUGGGGAUACCUCUACCCAGUCCUACCAGUUUGAUAGGGAUUUUCCUCAUUGGCACCUCCAUCCUCGUAUCCUCCAUCCUCCUCUCCGCCAUCUACAACCUCACCCUGCACCCCCUCGCCCGCCACCCGGGCCCCUUUUUCCACCGCGCCUCCAUCCUCCCCUAUUUGUACCGCCAAAUCACCGGCACGCUCCCGUGCUCCAUCCUCGACUUCCACGCGCGGUACGGGCCCGUGGUGCGCAUCUCGCCCAAUGCUCUUUCUUUUGCCGACCCUCAGGCCUGGAAGGACAUCUACGGCCAUCGGCCCCACGGCGAAGAAGAGUUUGCCAAGCUCAAUCUCUUUUACCGAAUCAAAGGGAGCCCGCCGAGUCUGCUGAGUGAAACAAAAGAGGCGCACGGGACGCUGAGGAAGUUGAUGGCGCAUGGGUUCAGUGAUCGGAGCAUGAGGGCGCAGGAGGGGAUUAUUGGGGGGUAUGUGAGUGCGUUGAUUAGGGGGCUGAGGGGCAAUUGUCGUUCUUCUUCUGGGAAGAGGGAGGACGUGGUGAAGCAGAACGAAGGAGUGGCGGAGGAGGAGGAGGAGGAAAAGGAAACGACGGCGGUCAUAAACAUGAAGAACACGAACACGAAGCAAACGGAGAACAUGAACCAAAAAGAAGAGGAACAGGAUGAACGUGUACCGCUUGACAUGGUAAGCUGGUAUAACUGGACUACCUUUGACAUCAUUGGCGACCUGGCCUUUGGCGAGCCGUUUGGGUGUUUGGAGAAGGCCGAGUACGAUCCGUGGGUGGACGCGGUGGGGAAGAGUGUGCGGUUCGGCUGUGUCAUGUUCGCCCUGAGGCUUUUGGGGCUGGAGGACUGGGUGUGUCCGCUUGUUCGGAAAUUGAGCGGCAAUGCCAGACGGUUUCAUCGGAAAAGGACGAUGGAUAAGCUGCAGAGGAGGGUGAAGCUGACGAAGGAGAGGCCGGACUUCUUGGAGGGGUUGUUGCAGAAGAGAGAGGAGUGGGGCAUAGACAUGGACGCACUCGCGGCCAAUGCAAGUCUGUUGAUCGUCGCCGGUUCGGAAACGACUGCAACACUCUUGGCUGGAGCAACAUAUAUGCUGCUGAGGGAUCCCGAGGCAAUGAAGAAGCUGACUGAGGAAGUUCGCUCGACCUUCAAAUCGGAGGAAGAAAUCACCCUUUCGUCCGUGGGCAACCUCGAGUACAUGCUGGCCUGCUUGAACGAGGCCAUGCGCCUCUAUCCUCCUGUCCCUAUCGGUAUGCCCCGAGUGGUUCCCAAGGGCGGUGCCAAGGUUGCGGGCACAUUCGUUCCAGAAGGUACCGUUGUUGCUGUAUGGCACUGGGCAACAAGCCACAAUGAGCAGCAUUUCGUCGAACCCUUCGAGUUCCAUCCUGAGCGGUGGAUGCAAGAUCCCCGGUUUGCCAACGACAGGUUGGACGCGGUACAACCUUUUAGUGUUGGACCAAGGAAUUGUAUUGGUCGGAGCCUCGCCAUCGCGGAGAUGAGGCUCAUCCUUACCAAAGUCGUUUACAACUUUGAUAUGAAGCUCGCAAACCCUGAAAAGGACUGGCUGGAUCAACAUAUCUAUACUCUGUGGGACAAACACCCGCUUCCGGUCUAUUUGACCCCGAUCGAGAGGAACGGUGUAUAGCCUGGAGACAGUCAGUGAUAGUUUCACUCAUGUUUUCUCCAUCAAACGUAGGUAUACGCUAGGGGAUGGGAAGAAGUGGUCUGGAUGAAAGGGAUCAAGAGAGUCCACAUCAUUGGUACCUAACCCUGAGGAUGAAACGAAGGGGAUAUCGGUGGUAGCAGUCAAGACUUGUAUCUGUAAUAUUGUAUCGGUUAUAGAUUUGUCCUCGUGGCGUCUAGAGGUAGUCACCAAGCGACUUCCAACGGCCCGGACACCGUCUUUGUCGUCGAUGCUAAUAUCAUGUUCCCCUAC